UGAUUUUUUAGGAUUGUAGUAAAAUGCCUAAACUUAGAAAAUACGAUAAGAAUAAACUUAUAGAAGCUGUUAAGGAUGUCCAAAAUGGCACUGAAUCGUAUAGAACAGCUGAAAAAAAAUAUGGAAUUCCGAAGUCCACUAUAGAAUUUAAAUUAAAACAUCCGGAACAUAAAGAUACACUUGGACCGUCUCCUAUUUUAACUUGCGAGGAGGAGAAUACUCUGGUUAGAUGGAUACAAGAAACCGCUUCAAAAGGUUUCCCCAAAAAGGCUAACGAUUUAAAAAGCAGCGUGCAAAAAUUUUUAACCGAAAAUCCUCGCCCCAAUAACUUUAAAGAUAAUCGACCUGGAGAUGGAUGGUUAAAAGGAUUUUUGAAGCGACAUCCAGAGGUUUCUAAAAGGACAAGUGAAGGUGUAACGGCAGCUAGCGCUUGUGUAUCUGAACGAGACAUCAAAAACUGGUUUAAAAAUAUUGAAACCUAUGUCAAAGAAAAACAUCUAGAAGAAGUUCUAACUGAUCCAUCAAGAAUUUUUAAUGGAGAUGAGUCAGGAUUUCAAAUAUGUCCAUCUACUGGAAAAGUAUUUGCUAUGAAAGGUUCAAAAAAUGUUUAUAAUGUUGAAAAAAGCUGUUCAAAAGAAAACGUCACUGUGAUGUUUACGUUUUCAGCAGACGGUAAAAUUUGCGUGCCUAUGGUUAUUUAUCCUUAUCAACGUAUUCCAGAAAAAGUUGCUAAAGGCAUUAAUCCUAAAUGGGGUGUGGGCAGAAGCGAUAAUGGUUGGAUGACGGCAGAGACAUUCUAUCAGUAUAUUGCGAAUGUUUUUUACCCCCACCUAAUUGAAAAUAAUAUUAAGCUUCCAGUUAUUCUUUUUGUAGAUGGGCACAAGAGUCACUUAAGUUACCAAUUAAGUCUAUUGUGUAAUGAACUGCAAAUUGAAGUAAUUGCACUUUAUCCUAACGCCACAAGGAUUUUACAACCAUGUGACGUCUCUAUUUUCCGUCCACUAAAAGAAGCUUGGCGGUAGUCAGUAAGAGAAUGGGAAGAACAGCAUCCAGGAGGGGUAGUCAAUAAGGUUGUAUUUGCUUCUAUAUUGGAGCAAGCUACAAAAAAAAGUUGUAAAACUGAAACAGUAGUAAAUGGUUUCAAGGUUUGCGGAUUGUUUCCAUUUAAAGCAGAUGCUAUUGACUACACAAAAUGUUUAGGUAAAGAAGUAGUAAAAAAUUUAAUCAUUUCGGAUCAUCAAAAGAAACCCAAGAUGGACUAUAAUACUUUCGUAAAUAUCUUAGGUCCUGAAAAAGUUCAUAGCUUAGAGAAUUUAAAAGAAAAUCAAAAGAAUAAUCUACCUAGCGACGAUAAUUUGAAUUUGUUGUUCAAAAUCUGGAAUUUUUUUGAACAUGAUCCAAAACAUUCUGAUAACCAAAUGGUUCUAAAAAAUAGAGACACAAACAUUAAUAUUAUUCAAAAUAUAGCUAUCACA